GCCGCUGCCUUGCCCGGUCCUUUAUUUCUCUCCCCUCCCUUCUCUCUCUCUCUCUCUCUCUCUCUGGUGGUCAUCCCGUCUCGUCUAAGAGUUGGCGUCGGGACGGUGGGUGCGCGUCCGAUCGCUGCCUUCAACUUGGGCUGAAGAAAGACUGAGGGAACUCCUCGGGAUUCUCCGUACACCGAGCUCUCAUCCGGAUAUUCUGGUUCACGUGUUGAAGCGCUUUUUUAAGGAGAAUUCUUGGGAGAUUUCUUACUCUUUCAUUCCUCAAGGAUGAAGCAGCACGGAGGACUUGUGUACUGAAACAGCUCCCACUUUUCAACUCCGCGUUCCGGGAUGAACCAUGAGCAGAGGUUGUGAGGGCCUGUUUCUAUCGUCCUGUUGUACAGUGAGGCAGUGAGCUCACGGUGGAUACAGCAUGCAUGUGUCGACAUAUCCCAUGAUGCACUCUGCCAGUCCAGGCCUGCUCCUCCUAAGCUUCCUUUUUCUCGCUGACGCUGAAUCACCUCCCAGAUUCACGCGAACCCCAGAAGACCAAACAGGGGUCCAGGGGGGAGUGGCUUCGUUUGUGUGCCAGGCCACAGGAGAUCCACAGCCCAAGAUUGUCUGGAACAAAAAAGGCAAAAAAGUCAGCAACCAGAGAUUUGAGGUUAUAGAAUUUGAUGAUGGGUCCGGCUCGGUCCUGAGGAUCCAGCCACUGAGGACCCCGAGAGAUGAGGCUAUCUACGAAUGUCAUGCCUCCAACUCCGCAGGAGAGCUCACUGCCUCCACCAAACUAAGUGUGCUACGAGAGGACCAGCUGCCCUCUGGGUUCCCCACCAUAGACAUGGGUCCGCAGCUGAAAGUGGUGGAGCGCUCUCGCACCGCCACCAUGCUCUGUGCUGCGAGCGGUAACCCUGACCCAGAAAUUACCUGGUUCAAGGAUUUCCUGCCAGUCAACACAUCCAAUAACAAUGGACGUAUCAAGCAACUCCGCUCAGAGUCCUUUGGUGGCACGCCCAUACGAGGUGCCCUCCAGAUAGAGAUGAGUGAGGAGUCAGACCAGGGGAAGUAUGAGUGUGUUGCCACCAACAGUGAUGGGACACGCUAUUCUACCCCAGCUAACCUCUAUGUCAGAGAGCUACGAGAAGUGCGUCGUGUCCCCCCUCGGUUCUCCAUCCCCCCUGCGGACAGCGAGAUUAUGCCAGGGGGGAACGUCAACAUCACCUGCGUGGCAGUGGGCUCGCCCAUGCCCUACGUGAAGUGGAUGCUGGGAGCAGAAGACCUAACACCCGAGGACGACAUGCCCAUUGGCCGCAACGUCCUGGAGCUGACAGACAUACGCCAGUCCAACAAUUACACGUGUGUUGCCAUGUCAACACUCGGGGUGAUUGAGGCGGUAGCACAGAUUAUUGUGAAAGCUCUGCCGAAGCCUCCUGGCAGCCCGGUGGUGACGGAGAGAACUGCAACCAGCAUCACACUCACCUGGGAUUCUGGCAAUCCUGAACCAGUCUCCUAUUACAUCAUACAGCACCGCGCCAAAGGCUCCGAGGACCCCUAUAAAGAGAUUGAUGGCAUCGCCACGACGCGCUACAGCGUGGGCGGCCUCAGCCCUUAUUCCCACUAUGACUUCCGCGUGGCAGCAGUCAACACCAUUGGCCAAGGCCCGUCCAGUGAGGCGGUGGAGGCUCGCACAGCCGAGCAGGCCCCCUCCUCGCCUCCCCGACAGGUCAGGGGUCGAAUGCUGAGCACAACAACCGCAAUCAUACACUGGGAUGAACCAGAGGAGCCCAACGGACAGGUGGUCGGCUACAGAGUGUACUACACCUCAGACAACACGCUGACAGUCAACCAGUGGGAGAAGCAGAUGGUGCGCAGCGCCAGCUUCAUCACCAUCCAGGGUUUGACCCCCAACAAGACCUAUUACAUCAGAGUGCUGGCCUUCACCUCUGUGGGAGACGGACCUCUGUCCCAGGACCUGCAGAUUAUAGCCAAGACUGGAGUUCCAUCCCAACCUUCAGAAUUUAAAGGUGAGGCCAAGUCGGAGACCAAUAUCCUGUUGUCCUGGGUGGCCCCACCCCAGGGCGGUCCCGACAACCAGAUCACCGGAUAUGAACUGGUCUACCGUCGAGCUGACGACACAGAGGAGAAGAAAAUGAGCUUUGAGCCGACCACCUCCUACCUGCUGAAGAACUUGAAGCCUUUCUCCACCUACACCUUCCAGCUGGCUGCCAGGAGCAAGCAUGGAAUCGGGGCGUACACCAACGAGGUGUCCAUCGAAACGCCGCAGACACUUCCUUCAGCACCUCCCCAGGACAUCACAUGCACCAGUCCCAGCUCUACCAGCAUCCUGGUAAGUUGGGCUCCACCUCCCCUGGAGUUUCAGAACGGCGUCAUUACGGGAUACUCCAUCCAGUACUCUACGACGGAGCGCAACAAAACGUCCAAAAGAAUCGAUGGAAUUCCUCCGGAGAGUUCUCCCCAUCUCCUGGAAAACCUGGACAAAUGGACUGAGUAUGGCAUAACGAUACGAGCGCAGACGGAAGCUGGCGAUGGACCAGAAAGUUUACAGCUGCUUAUCCGCACCGAGGAGGAUGUUCCAAGUGGUCCUCCGCGAGGGGUUGAGGCAGAGACUGUGAACGCCUCGGCCAUUAGGGUGAAAUGGCGAGCACCGGCGCCGGAACGGCAGCACGGUCAGAUCAGAGGCUACCAAGUCCACUAUGUGAGGAUGAACUACGGCGAGCCUCAGGGUCAGCCUUUCAUCAAGGACAUCCUCAUAGAGGACUCGCAGUGGGAAUAUGGUGACUCAACUGAAUAUGAGAUCGUUCUGGGAGACCUGAAGGCAGACACUGCUUACUCUGUAUCAGUGGGGGCUUACACUGCCAAAGGCGAUGGUGCUCGCAGCAAACCUGUUACAGCUUGCUCUGCCCUGCCACUGCCUGUGAAGCCCAUACUGAUGGUGAGUGCCACUGAUUCAGGUACUGCUCUUCUUCAGUGGCAUCCUCCCCCAAACCCACCCACCCCGCUCCUCGGGUACCGCCUCACGUUUGGCCGCAUCGAUGUCCUUCCCUUUACGGUGGUGGAGUUUCCCACCAAGGAGAAUCGCUACACAGCCCUCGACAUCCACAAGGGAGCAAACUACGUGUUCAGACUCUCUGCCCGUAACAAAAUGGGCUACGGGGAGGAGUCGGUAAAAGAGGUGACUACCUCAGAGGAUGCCCCAAGUGGAUACCCAGAAAAUAUCAACUCUGAGGAGGCUUCGGCCACCUCCCUCCGACUGAAAUGGAAAUCAGUCCCUCUUAUUGAGCAAAAUGGGAAAAUCACGACGUACUCAGUGCUGUACAAGGACAUAAACAGUCGAGGGAACGCCUCGGAGGUUGUGGUGCCCGUUCCAGGGUCGAGUGUGUUGUUGGAGGGUCUGAGUGCCGAUACUGUGUACGAUGUCAGGGUGUGCGCGUUCACAACUGUCGGCCCUGGGCCGUACAGCCCGAGUGUCCAGUUUAGGACGCAGCGGCUAGACCAAGUUUUUGCAGCGAACUUCAGAGUGAAAGCAGCCAUGAAGAACUCUGUCCUGCUGUCCUGGGAGAUCCGAGACAAGAACCCUGCCCAGCCCUUCACUAUCCUGUACGGACAGGGCCAGUCCGUGGAAGUGGAUGGCAAGCUGACUCAGAAGUUGAUCACCGGCUUGGAGCCCGACACUCAGUACUCCUUUCUGCUCACCAACCGGGCCAACAGCGCCGGGGGCCUGCAGCAUCGCGUCACCGCCACCACGGCUCCUGACAUCCUGAAGACCAAACCCACCGUGGUGGGAAAAACCAACGCAGACGGCAUGGUGACUGUGCAGCUGCCAACUGUGCAGACCACGGCUAAAGUCAGGGGCUUCUACGUGGUGGUGUUGCCUCUGAAGAAGCAGAGAGGGAAGUUCCAGAAUCCCUGGGAGGAACCUGAUCAGAUGAACAUGGACGAGCUCCUGAAAGAGAUCAACAGGACGAGUGUCAGUCGUGCCCUUCGCAUCCGCAGGCAGGCUGGCCAAUCAGAUCCCAGGGCCUAUGUCACUGCCAACUUUAAGGCCCUCCCCCUGGAGUUCACACUCGGUGACGGACGAAACUACGGGGACUUCCGCAACCGUCCGCUGCAGAACGGACAGGAGUAUGUGUUCUUUGUGCUUGCACUCAUGGACCUCUCUGAGAAUACGAUGUAUGCCACUAGCCCUUAUUCUGACCCCGUUACCUCACUGGAUGUGGAUCCCAAGCCGAUGGUUGAUGAAGAGGAGGGGCUGCUGUGGGUGGUGGGGCCUGUGCUGGCUGUCAUCUUCAUCGUCUGUAUUGUCAUCGCCAUUCUCCUCUUCAAGAGCAAACCUGACAGGAAAAGAGCCGAGGCCGAAGGCAGGAAGGGCAGUUUUCCUUGCAGCAAAGCCAUGUCAUCUCACCAUCCCACUGACCCCGUGGAGCUACGCAGAAUUAACUUCCAGACUCCAGCCUACCGUGUAUCAGUGUACCGCGGUUAUCGGCGUCUGUCAAGCAUGGCAAGUCACCCGCCCGUCCCCAUCUCUGAGAUGGCAGAUCACAUUGAGCGCCUUAAGGCAAACGACAAUCUCAAGUUCUCUCAAGAGUACGAGUCCGUCGACCCUGGUCAGCAGUUCACAUGGGAGAACUCCAACUUGGAGGUCAACAAACCAAAGAACCGCUACGCUAACGUCAUUGCCUACGAUCACUCCAGGGUUAUACUCUCCAGCAUCGAGGGUGUCCCAGGCAGUGACUACAUCAACGCAAACUAUAUUGAUGGCUACCGCCGUCAGAAUGCCUAUAUCGCAACCCAGGGCUCCCUCCCCGAGACCUUCGGGGACUUCUGGAGGAUGAUCUGGGAGCAGCACACAGCCAACAUUAUCAUGAUGACCAAGCUGGAGGAGAAGUCACGGAUGCCCUCUUAUUUCUUCUCUAAGGUGAAGUGUGAUCAGUACUGGCCAACCCGGGGCACAGAGACCUACGGCCUCAUUCAGGUCACUCUGUUGGACACAGUGGAGCUGGCUACCUACUCUGUCAGGACCUUCGCUCUGUACAAGAGCGGCUCCAAUGAGAAGCGUGAGGUUCGUCACUUCCAGUUCACGGCCUGGCCAGACCAUGGGGUGCCUGAACACCCCACACCCUUCCUGGCCUUCCUUCGGAGGGUGAAGGCCUGCAACCCUCCUGAUGCAGGACCUAUGAUAGUCCAUUGCAGCGCUGGAGUGGGUCGCACAGGCUGCUUCAUCGUGAUCGACGCCAUGGCGGAGCGUAUCAAGCAUGAGAAGACCCUCGAUAUCUAUGGCCACGUCACGCUGAUGCGCUCGCAGAGGAACUACAUGGUCCAGACGGAGGACCAGUACAUCUUCAUUCACGAUGCGCUGCUGGAGGCCGUGACCUGCGGGAACACCGAGGUCCCCGCCCGGAACCUGUACUCCUACAUCCAGAGGCUGACGCAGGUUGAACCGGGAGAGAAUGUCACCGGCAUGGAGCUGGAGUUCAAGCGUCUGGCCAGUGCCAAGGCCCACACGUCACGAUUCGUGAGUGCCAACCUGCCAUGCAACAAGUUCAAGAACCGGCUGGUGAACAUCAUGCCCUAUGAGACCACGCGUGUGUGUCUGCAGCCAAUCAGAGGAGUGGAGGGGUCCGACUAUAUCAACGCCAGCUUCAUCGAUGGAUACAGGCAGCAGAAGGCCUAUAUAGCUACCCAGGGUCCACUGGCCGAAACCACAGAGGACUACUGGAGGAUGCUGUGGGAACACAACUCCACCAUUGUUGUCAUGUUAACCAAACUGAGAGAGAUGGGACGGGAGAAGUGUCACCAGUACUGGCCCGCUGAGCGCUCGGCCAGGUACCAGUACUUCGUGGUGGAUCCCAUGGCCGAGUACAACAUGCCCCAGUACAUCCUCCGAGAGUUCAAAGUCACUGAUGCCAGGGAUGGCCAAUCACGGACAGUUCGUCAGUUCCAGUUCACCGAUUGGCCAGAGCAAGGAGUGCCAAAGUCAGGGGAGGGAUUCAUUGAUUUCAUUGGCCAGGUGCAUAAAACGAAAGAACAGUUUGGCCAGGACGGGCCAAUAACGGUCCACUGCAGUGCUGGAGUAGGGAGGACUGGUGUGUUCAUCACCCUCAGCAUUGUGCUGGAGAGGAUGAGGUAUGAGGGCGUGGUGGACAUAUUCCAGACGGUCAAGAUGCUGCGCACCCAGAGACCCGCCACCGUUCAGACGGAGGACCAGUACCAGUUCUGCUACCGGGCCAGUCUGGAGUACCUGGGAAGCUUUGAUCACUAUGCAACAUAAACCCAGUGGCUGUCUCUCAUGCCACAUCCCACCUAGUGCACUUUUCUUAGGUCACAUGCAGCCUGAAUUAAUGCAUUAGGAUGCGAUGUUUCUUUGAAGAUUUUGCCACCACACGCAGUGAAGGGGGACCAUUGGCUUAUCCCGUACCCAGAAACAGCACCUCUAACUGAGCCAUAGCAACCUGCUUGACAUGGGUGUUUUCCUUCCACCCUCAGCCCAAACACACCGAUCGUUCUGUCCGCAGAAGCAACUUCGACCACUGUUCCAAUCAGAAUACUUGAUCAGAUGUAGGUUUUUAUUCAUUUCUGUGCUUUUUGUGAGCACCCAGAUUGCUUUACAUUGUUUGGGUGUGGAACUCUCACCUCGUCCACCACCAGUGUAGCAUCACCGACGAAGACAGGACCCAGCUACAGUGUUUAGCUGUCACAGGAAAUUUAGAUUUUUCUAUUUUGAGGACGGUCUUGAAGGAGACCACGAAUCCAUCUUCUGGAAGCCUCGUGGAGUGAAAGAACUGGGACUUUUGAGCAACCAGAGAAUUGCCAACAGGAGACUGAGACCACAGAGCACACAGUAUUAAAGAGACAGAGGACACACAUCCAAAAAAGGACACAGAGGAGUGGUUUUUUUCUGUUUUGUUUUGGAAACAGACUCAUUUCCUGUGAAUGAAAAGUAGUUUCUACCAUAUAGUAAUAAAAACCACCAGUUCAACCUUACUGUAUGCUUCACGAUAUAACAUGUGGGAAAUUGGAGAGAAGUUUAAAAUGCAUACCACAAAAUAAAACAUUGAUUUAGUUUUUUAGAAAAAAAUAUAAAUAUGUGAGUAUCUUGGGGUUUUUUUAAACUGAGUAUUCCUCAUGACACCUUCCGUUUUUUUUGUUUUUACAGAUUUAUGACUUUUUUCCCCACUGGCCAUAGAAAGGAAAGGGUUUUUCUGUGUAAUCCAAUGAGCUGUAGCGUUUUUUUGUUUGAGUUUUUUUUUUUCUUUCCAAGUGAUACGUUACUGUUUUAAAGUGUACAAUCAAAUCUUGUGUGGAAAAUGUUCACAGUUCUACAACAAAAACACAAUUGAGUGUCACUCUCCUGUUAUUCUCUACCCACUCUCUCUUUUUAAAAAACACAUGUUCACAUGCACGCAGGACUCUUGAGUCUCAUCUCUAUCUGGCCUGCGAUGUCAGCAGCCUGAGGGACGGCCAACCCCCGGCAGCCCACAGAGAUACACUAUUAAGCCUGCUGCUGCCAGUCCCGCAGAAGAAAACACCCGCCACGUUGUUCUGUGUGCACGCUGAGAGAAAAGCCAGAUAGAACACAGCGACGGAGAGUAUGCACAGAAAUCAAAAUAUAUAUAUUAUAGAAAACAACUAUUUAUGUGUCCAAAUAAGCUUCACAAAGAUUUCUCAAACAGGGAGCGAGAAGAGGAUCAAGAAGAAGGGGGUGGGAUGAGGGGGGGUCAGGGAAGAAGUGUUUUUUUCUCACUGGAAUGCGCACCUAUGACUUUUCUCUGUCUGAUUCUGUGUGCAAUAAGUAGAUGUAUUAUAUAUUUUUGUGUCAAGUCACUAACAGCAGUUAUAUGCCAUUACGAUGAUACUGAUGAUGGUGCAUCAUUUUCCAGACACGCGGAUGUUACGCUCGUUAUGGCUCCCACCACCAUUUAGUGUCCACCCGAGGGAAACGACCUCUGACCUCUUAGAGAGUAGAUCUUUUUAUCCAUCUCACAACUCCAGUAGCUGAUGCCAUCCCAUGUGUGGCAAGGCUACCAAUGAAUGAUCAAACUCAUAUUUCAAACAGCAUCUAUUAAGUAUUUUUUGAUUUUAGAUUUCUAGUGCCUUAUAUUACACGCCUAUUUUGAUAAAGUUACGUUAAAGGGUUUUUUUUGUGUAUUCUAUGUGCGUAUGCUCGUACGUAUGUGAACUGAAUGUCUGUGUUGAUUACGUUACAGUGUGUGAAAGUAUCUUGUGCUGUUUUCGGCUGUGAAAUUUUCUAUGGGAGGCUUGGUGGAGGCUGGAUAGUUGGAUAGCAACCGCAUCAUUGUAUCUAAUUCAAUUAGUUGACACUCAACUAUAGACUAUUAAAAUAUGUGGUUAUCAGCAGGAUGGUAGGAUCAUUUUUGGACGGAAUGUCGCCAGCUUCCCAUCUUCCUGGGGCACUUGCACGAGCUUUAUGUGCUCAGACUAUUUCAUGGAGACCUCAGUUUGCCUCCCAUGAAAUCUUGACCACAUCAGUGACUGCGGCACCGAGUGCGAGUUGGCUCGGACCAGUCAUACUGACUCAGCUGUGCAGAAAUCUAAAUAAAGCCGAACAGCGGUGGCUUUCUCUGUCAAUUUGAAGAAUCAGCCAAAUACAACCUGGCCUGACACGCUUCACCCAAAAUCGGUCAAACCUAUCAUCUGUGUUCUUUUCUGACGAUGUCUACAGUUAAAUAUGUAUUUUUCAUUCAAUGACAGAGGCUGAAAUAAGUUCAGGUCCUACAUCCCCAACAACACACAACCUACAUCAUCGUUUGUUUUUUUCUUCUUCUUUUGUAUCUCCAUUAAUGCUCAACAAUAUAAGGGAUCGUUGACAGUUAUCCACCAACUUUCAGUAACCCUGUUGUCGUUUUUGUAUGCAUGGUACCACUUUUGAGAUGCCCCUUUGGUCGCACCUGUUAUGGGAAGACUUGCACUUUCUCUCUUUGUACUAUGCACUAUUAUCAGUAUUCUGUUAUCUCUAAUAGCCCCCCCCCCCCAGAACCCACCAAAAGGAGUUUGACUUGAACUCAGUAAAGACGGACCCUGUAAUGCUCACAUGGUUGUGUAUAUGUAAAUAACACAAAACACAGAGUGAUUAAAAUGCAUAAAUAUGUGCAUUAAUAAAUAAUGAAUAAAUGAUAAAGUUCUAGAGUGAAUAAAAGAUUAUCAGAUAUAGAGAGUGAUAUAAUUAAAAGGAUGCACCUGAAGUCACAGUUUUAUGGCACAGCAGUGUGUAAAAUACAUCACGUGGAUUUAUUGAGAAGUCUCACAAAAAUUGUUCUAUUUUACCCCCCAAUGUAUCAUGUAGAUGGAUAAAACUGGAGUUUAUAAAUUGUAUAAAAAUGAAAAUAUGGUGUGUUACUUGGAUCAGUUACCUCCAAUUGGUCUGUAAAUGUAAACCUUUUUUUCUUUUGUUUCGUUUUUGUUUUGUUUGCUGCUCCGAGUCAACAAGUGCUUUUUAUUUUUCUUACAUUGGUUCUCGGAGCGCGUGAAAACCCGGAAAACAGGUCUGUAUGGAUUUCUGUUCUUUGUCGACACAAGUUUCAUUUGUUACAAAUAAACUCAAGUGAAAUAAUU